UAGCUUCUCUUUUCUAACGUCCAACACACCACACAUCGUGCCACGCUUGCUACCAAUUCUUCUUGGUCAACAAAGGGUGGUAAACCCCAUAUAGGGCUGGCAUUUGGUCAUCAUUAUGCCUCUCAUGAACACAUCUUCAGGUUCUGUGUCCAAAAGUCCUCCGGAGGUUUGGUAGAGAAGAUACCCCAUCAAAAUAAGCUCAGCUCAGAAUACAAGUGGCGUUGCACCAAACCCUACCCAAGCAGCCGUCGUGAUUAGAAAGUACUCCACACCUUGGAGAACUGAGGAGACAUGAGCAUAAUUUUAAAUGCAAAUUAAAUUGAGGGGGUAGCUGAGAGAACACAUAAAAGACAGGAAAACAAAACCUUUCAAUUGUCUUAAAUUAGCAGUCUAGCGUGUGCUAAAGAGCAGUUGCACUCAGAUCCCUUCUUAGGGCUUGCUUUUCAUCACAAUAUAAAGGGGGCAAAUCCAUCACUUCCCUCCGCUCAGCGCUCUUGAACUGAGAUUGAAGGGAAAAUUAGAAGCCGCUCAUUUGGGCUUCGAGCUCAGCAGCGUCGUACGGUUUCGUUUCAUGCUCCGCGGUGUCCUGCUGAAAGGGGCCAACAAGUGCUGGGGAAUCAGAGCUCCUGGGACCAACUGAGGAUCAUUUCAGAACGGCUGAUGCCAUUCGUCAGAUGGACCUUUUGAAAACGGAGAGCAUAUGAAUCUAACGGCAUAUUUUCCAGUUAACACACAACAAGGAAAGACUGGUAUACAAGUGACUAUUUUGUCUUGAAACUCUGCUUUUGGAACCUCAAGGAUGGAUUAUCCCAAAAUGGAUUAUUUUCUGGAUGUCGAGUCGGCUCAUAGACUCCUGGAUGUCGAGUCUGCUCAUAGAUUCUUCUACAGUCAAGGAGCUCAAGCUCGCCGGGCGACCCUGCUCCUGCCUCCCACAUUAAUGGCGGCAUCUUCGGAGGAUGAUAUAGACCGGCGGCCCAUCAGAAGAGUCCGCUCCAAGAGCGACACGCCGUACCUCGCCGAAGCCAGGAUCUCCUUCAACCUAGGGGCAGCGGAGGAAGUGGAGAGGCUGGCGGCCAUGCGUUCUGACUCCCUCGUGCCAGGUACCCACACCCCACCCAUCCGGAGGAGGAGUAAGUUUGCCAACCUGGGGAGGAUUUUCAAGCCCUGGAAGUGGAGGAAGAAGAAAAGUGAAAAGUUCAAACACACAUCUGCAGCCCUGGAAAGGAAAAUAUCAAUGAGGCAAAGCAGAGAGGAGCUGAUAAAACGAGGGGUUCUGAAGGAAAUCUAUGAUAAAGACGGGGAGCUCUCCAUAUCCAAUGAAGAGGAUUCCCUGGAAAACGGACAGUCCCUGAGCUCCAGCCAGCUGUCUCUGCCUGCCCUGUCCGAAAUGGAGCCGGUCCCGAUGCCCAGGGAUCCCUGUUCAUACGAGGUGCUCCAACCUUCAGACAUCAUGGAUGGGACAGUGUCUGAAGAGAGUCCCUCUGCCAGUGAGUCUGGAGCCCUCCUGUCCCAAGAUCCUUCAGCCAAACCAGUGCUGCUACUGCCCCCCAAAAAACCUGCUGCUUUCUCUGGAGACCAUGAGGAGACCCCAGUGAAGCAGCUGUCCCUUCUCAAGCAGCCCCCCGCCCUGCCUCCCAAACCCAGUGCCAGGAUUGCCAACCACAUAACAGAUCCUGGCGCCCCUGUGAAAUUGCCUUGUCUGCCAGUGAAACUGUCCCCUCCGCUACCUCCAAAGAAAGUCAUGAUCUGUAUGCCUGUAGGGGGGCCAGACCUCUCCCUGGCGUCCUACGCGGCCCAGAAGAGCGGCCAGCAGAGCGGGGCCCAGCACCACCACACGGUCCUGCCGUCCCAGAUCCAGCACCAGCUACAGUACGGCAGCCUCGGGCCGCACCUGCCCUCCACCACCGGCUCCCUCCCCAUGCACCCCUCCGGCUGCAGGAUGAUAGAGGAGCUGAACAAAACGCUGGCCAUGACCAUGCAGAGGCUGGAAAGCUCUGAGCAGCGGGUGCCCUGUUCCACUUCUUACCACAGCUCUGCUUUGCACUCCGCUGAUGGCGUCACAAAAGCAGGACCUCUGGGCCUUCCAGAAAUAAGACAAGUGCCAACCGUCGUGAUUGAAUGUGAUGACAAUAAAGAAAACGUGCCUCAUGAAUCCGACUACGAAGACUCUUCCUGCCUCUACACAAGAGAAGAGGAAGAGGAGGAGGAGGAGGAGGAGGAGGGUGACAGCUCUCUGUAUACCACCUCCCUGGCCAUGAAGGUGUGCAGGAAGGACUCCUUAGCCAUCAAACUCAGCAACAGGCCCUCCAAGCGCGAGCUGGAAGAGAAGAACAUCCUCCCCAGGCAGACGGAUGAAGAGAGACUGGAGCUGAGGCAGCAGAUCGGCAGCAAGCUCACGAGGCGGCUGAGCCAGAGGCCAACCGCGGAGGAAUUGGAGCAGAGGAACAUUCUAAAACCUCGGAAUGAACAGGAGGAACAAGAGGAGAAAAGAGAAAUCAAGAGGAGGUUAACUCGAAAGCUCAGCCAAAGACCCACAGUGGAAGAACUUCGAGAAAGAAAGAUCCUCAUCCGUUUCAGUGACUACGUGGAGGUGGCUGACGCUCAGGACUAUGACCGCAGGGCCGACAAGCCGUGGACCCGCCUCACCGCUGCCGACAAAGCUGCCAUUCGAAAGGAGCUCAAUGAAUUUAAAAGCACUGAAAUGGAAGUUCAUGAAUUGAGUAGACAUUUAACAAGGUUUCACCGACCUUAACAGUCAAAUUCCUCCUGAGUGCUAUGCUGUCUUCGAAACAUAAAUUUAUAAGAACCAUAAGUGCUGGUAUUUAUUCACUUCCCCAUUAUGAUGUAAAUCUUUUGAACUGCCUUUUUUUAAAAAGAAGAAGAAGAAAAAGGAAACCCGAUCAGGAUUCUCUUUGCGAAAGCCCAGUGGUCACCACUCCGCGGUCAGAGCUGCUGGUACCACCGCGGACUCCGAGGGCACCGGCAGGCCAGAGUGGAGACUUCCCGGCGCUCGGAGCGGUCCUGGUCCUCUCCCUCCAAGCCUGGCAGGUGCCGUGUUCAUUUAGGCUCCAGCGAACCUCUUCCCCUCAAGUGUCUGUCACCUGGGUCCAAAGAAAGCUGAGGCGGUGGGUUCGGCCUGGAAUGGACUGUGCACAUGGUCUGGUUGGCUUUCUAGACUUGGCCAAACACACUGGCUCCGGGUGUGGCGUCCGACUUGGGGGCCUCUUAGGAGGAGGAGGCUGAGAGGGAGCACUGUUCUCAGUCACCCCUGUCCUUUCUCUCCCGUCAGCCGUCAUCCAUACCGUGAACAAAAGGGAAGAUGCUUUUCUGGGGGAGUCUGUGGUCGACUGUCUGUCUCGAGAGUGUGUGGGCUGCAGGUAUGGAAGGCCGGCACUGAGCACCUAUCCUGUCCCCUCAGACUGAGUGGAGCUGCCUCCCGGGAAGCUCUGGUGUGCACAGGGGAAGUUGUCAUCUGCUCAGUUCGAAUUGACCCAUCUGUGUUAAAAAAGCCAAAUGUCACGGGUGGUCUUGUGCACCCGGCCACUGCUGUGGGAUGCCCGUGGCAUUGGUGCAUCUGAGUGGAAGGAGCCUGGUGAGGACGGAGAGGCUGGGGAGAGAAACUGCUUGGCUGAUGUUCGUUUUCUCCACACACCCCAGGGCCAGUGACUGUAUGGGUUGGAAGGUAACAGCUUCUGAGUGUAGGACCAAUGCAUGCAAGCCAGAAACCAUUCCUGAAAGACUGGCUUGCCGGUCUCUGACGGACUGGGACUCCAGAACCACCCGAUGGCCUUCUAGUCUCCUUUCUUUGCACUGAAGAGUUUCUGUGGAGGGCCUUCAGGGUUUGGCAUAUGCCAGAAUGGCGCAAACACCAGCCACACCUGCCCGUGCUGUACCUUCCUGCUCCUACCCAUCUGGAGAGCAUCCUUCCUCUCCCUCGUGGUGCUGGUAAAGCUGAUGGGAGGUGUAUCUCUAGCUGUCCCAUUCGCUUGGGACCACAGGAAGGCAGUGCCCUCCUGACGGGGACACCCCGGGUAAGAUGUGCAGUGAGUGGAAGGACAGCCCCCAAACCCUAACCACUCUCUUCACGGGGCCCGUCGCGGCUGCUUCUGUUUUCCUGCCUGACCCUGUAGGGCCCUCUGUCACCAAGCCCUGCCUGGACCUCUGUCGUGGUCUCACAGUCACCGUGAUUUUCCUCGGUAAUGGCUUGCUCUCCUCCACACAUGCCCGAGAUUUAGAAAGAUCCCAGACUGGCCUUCACAGAAAGGAGUUGACCAGUUCCCACCCCAAAACGUGUGGGAAGCAAGUUACUCUUGGGAUGCACACCCAUCGGCGAGGCCGUUGUAUUUUCGGCAGGCAUUAACAGCCCCUGUGGCCGCCGUUAACCCAGGAGCUGUGCAGAGUCUGGGGGGAGCUCAGGGCAGUUCUUCAGGCAGUGCCCAGUAGCCGUCGCAAAGUUGUCCCCGUACCACCGGGAGUGAGCACGCCGCUGCCUGGCCCAAGGAGGGGCCGUCACUAGAUCCUUUUCUCUUUGAAUGUGGAAUCUGAUAGUUCAGGGAAAAAAGUGGUCGGGAUUUUAGCGUGGCUGUAAACACAGUCUUCCCGAAAGGCUUACUGACGUUUGAAUGUGCAAAUGGUGUGACGAAAGAUGCAGGGCUCUUUCGUUUAACUUCUCUACAGCAGGCACGUGUUCCAGGCGGAGGUGCCUGCCUUGCCCGGGUUGGAGUCUGAGCUUCCUGUAACUCACAGCUGUCUUCAUGCGGCUCACAGGGCCCUGACAUGAUGGCCAGGCCUUCCUCGGGCCCAGGAGCGAGUCCUACGGGAACUCAUUCCAUCGCCUGGACUCCUCCCUCGAAGGCCAAUGGCUUCUUUGCUGGCUUUGAUUUUUGGGCCUCUGAUGCCCUGGAAACGUGACGCCCAAGUCCGUUUCCUGCAGCCAGCCAGCCAGCAGCCCAGGUUUCCUGCCCAAAGUGCCCUGUUCUGCAGUCUGCUUGGAGCUGGGGAGAAAUUGAACACAAUCUCAGCCUCCAUCCCCGAAGAGCACCCUUUGGGAGAAGUCAGUUGCAGGAAUUAGGGUGCACCUGCUGUGCUACAGAAAUCCCACCCACCAUCAAGGUGGGCGAUUAUUUCAAGCCCAGCUCAGGGGGCUCUGCCACCUCUGUGGACCACAGGUUGGCCCUCUGCCGCCUCCUCCCUUUCAUGAAAUCCUGAGGUCUUUCUAGAAAUCUAUCCCAAUUUCUUUUUUUUGCCAUAUCGUUAGGACAACUGGAAGAGGUGUUACUUUCUAAGAUGGCAAAUUGACAAUUAUAAAAAAAAAAAAAAAAGGGGAGAGAUGGGCUAGAUGGUUUAAAAUGCAUCCCCUUUUCUGAAAAAAGCUGCGAUUCUCAAAGGUCUUGUGCGAGUCAGUUCCCAGUUGAGCCUUCUGUCCUCUGGGUCAGUGUGAGGACGAAUGUGAAGUUUCUCAAGAGGUUUCCCUCUUGAAAGCAGACACUGCCCCAUGCUCCGCACCACCUCCCGUGGCAGAAGGGACUCCUGUUGGCCUCCUUGCUGUGUUUCAAAAUUGCUGAUCGAUUCCUCUCCAAAGCCCUGUAAAACUUUUAAAACGUUAGCCUUUAUGUCCAAUUAGAGAAACCAAACAACGUGAUGGUAGGUGUGAUAAAAAAAACAAAAAAAAAACAAAAAAAAAAAACCUCUGGGUUUAUUUUUCUCCCGCUAUGGACGUGUAUUUAUAUUUGCCGAAUGAAUAUUGUGGUGUGUGCUUCGAUGAAUGGGAUUUCAGACUCUCCCCGUGCACAGCCAGUGGGUGGAGGUCACCUCCGAUGACUUUUUCUUCCCAUCUGUCUGUCAGCCCCCAAACCAGUUGCUUUUUCCAGUGGCUUCCCGGGUGUCUGUACAUAGUUUGUCUUCGUAUAGGAGCGCUCUCCUGUGUUCUAAUUUAACAGAUGAUGGCUGUGUGAGGAAGACGAUGUAAAUACAAUACAAAUUAAACUGGAUCUCUAUGGCCUAGGUUUUGUACAUACAGAAACUGCAUGGUAUUUAAAUUAUUGUUUGUCUCUGAUGUAUGCAGUUUCUUUAAAAACCAAAAAAAAAAAAAGUCUAAAAAAAAAAAAAAAUCCUUUCCUUGGCUCCCGUGUGUCUUGUCAACCACCGAAAAGAGUUGGGCUGCGGCUGGGAUGAAGGGCAGGUCAGCUCAGCAGCAAAGCGUCAGAGUUAUGGAGGCCCACAACCUCCUCGUGUAUCAGGUGUUACUGGGUGCAGGGAGGACGACUGCAUGUAAAUUAGCUUUCUAGGACUUUCUAAGACAUACUGCCCAGCUGCCCUUUAAUAAACGGCAGUCCCUCAGAGUCCUCCCCAUAAGAGCAGCUAUGAGACAGCUUUGGGUACCAGCAGUGCCGUGGGGUGUCACUGCCCCAAAGCAAAAGCCACCAACUACUUGGCUUUUGAGUACUUUCUCGGUCUCUGGGCGAAGUCUGAGUAUUUGUCCUGUAAAGCUAAGAGCUUUAUUGCCUAACUUUCUGGUCCUGACUUGUCUUUUUGAAGUGCUGGGGGGAAGGCAAGACAAGCUUCAGUGCUUGCUGGCUGCAUUUUUCUAGGUGGGUGAAGUGACCGGACAACCGAUGUUUGGCCCGGCCCUGGAAGAAGGUGACCCUGGGGACAGGGAACUUACCCUAGCGCGGCUCCCCUGUGCCGCUCCUGGGAGUCCUGGUGAAGGUCUUACCACGCAGGUGCCAACUCAGGAAGUCUGGGUGGGCCUGAGAGUCUGCAUUUCUAGCUAGCUCCCAGGACAUGCUAAUGCUGCUGGUCCAGAAAUCAUGCUUCUGAGUAGCAAGGGCUGGGACGACAGGAGCCGCUUGUGCUUCGCCUGGGAGUCUCCAGCUCCGAAGACCAGAGUGAGCACGCACACCGCUUACUUCUUUGCUGAGCAGCGACCACAAAGCCCGCACUGGCCCUCAGCACUCUGCAGCAUUGCCUCAGAGGGCACACAGGCUCUCACCUGUGCAGGCGGAGGGACUCUUGGAGCAGGAGUGGCUAUGGCAGAGGGGGCGAGGGGUUACAGAAAGGUUUUCACAUUUCGCGCUGAGAGCUUCGGCCCCAUUCUGCCCCUGCGCACCUGCAGAGCUCUCUGACUCGUAAUAAAUCUAACCGGCAGGACAGAACUGCAGGUACCAAGAGGCGUGGAAGACCUAUAAAGAGAAGCUUUGGUGGCGCCCCCCAUAGGCUUCGCCCUGCAAGACGGAAGGAAACGGGCCAUCAUCCUGAGGGAGCCCUUGCUGAAGUGAACAGAGGCUAUGGCUCUACAUCCCCAAUAGGUAGAGGUGGCCGGGUGUGUCCCAUCCUGAGAUGUUUAGUCAUCCUAGGACAGACAAGUGGUGGCUAUGCCACAACACCUAACCAAGCAGUUUGUCCGAGUCAUUUUACUUCUCUGGGCUUCAAUUUUCUUACCUGGAAAAUGGGGACACAAUCAGAUGUCCUAUGAUGUCCUUUAGGACAUCAGCUUUCUAUGACUUGGGUUCAUCUGAAUUUUAAAACACUACGUCCCAAAGAAACAGUAAGCUUUAGGUAAGUCCUGGCAGGGCAGUCUCUUAGAGAACAGUCUGGAUUCCUCUCCUUCAGACCACCCGCAAGGCUAACGUGCAUGCCUGCCACCCCUCCUUGCCUUAGGUUGGCCUCCUGGAGGGCUCGUUGCUAGUGGGACCUCCCUGCCCUUUCCCAGUGUGCCUUCGUGGGAGCUCAUCCUGAAGCUGCUAUCAACCAGACUACCUUCUGCUGUCCUGCCUCCCCCCCUUCCUCUGGGCAAAAAAAAAGCAUCCUGGAGGGGCUUGUGGGCCCUGAGCAGUGAUGCUUAAGACACAGUCUGUUAUCUUCUACACACCCCAACUUCGGGAUGCAUCAGUGAUAUGCUUGCUUACACCUGAUUAUUAACAGAAAGGACAAGUUGGACACCAGAAACACUCCCUAGCUGGCUCUCCACGGGUCCUAAGCACUCGCCUGGCCUCAGAUGAACCACAGGUCUACAGAUACAGCUCAAAUCUACCCUGAGCUCCUGGCCAGGGUUUCUGGAUGUCACAAAGCAGCCGUGGAGCAUAUGUGUUAGGAGCAUGCAGUGCUGCUACCCUGGGACCACCUGGCUUGCCAGGUCACACCCUGUGUGGAGCCCUCCAGGCCCCCAGGCUGCACCUGCCUUGGCUAGGGUACUCCCCAUGCAAAGCAGCCUGGGACCAUUCAGCCUGCACCCCGCUUCAGCUGCUCCGCCAGGGCACCCUCUACAUGGGGUGGCCCAGUACCCCUGGCCUGUGCCUGCCUUGGCUCCAGAGGCUCCAUCAGGGUGCCCUCUGCAUAGAACACCAUGGGACACCCCAGCUCAUGCCCACUUCAGCUCAGGCCAUUCCACCAGGGCAGCCCCAAGCACAGCCUGUCCUGGGACCCCCCCGCCCAUGCCAACUACAGCUCCAGCUGGUCAAAGUCACCAGGCACACACAGUCUAUACAGGGCAUAACCAUACACAAGACCAUUCUUUCAAAUUAGGGGAAGUAGGUGCUCCCCCACCCCUGCCCCGCCAUUCACAUAAACACAAAAUUGAGCAAAA